GUGACGACAGGCGAUGUUUGUUGUCAUAUCUGUUUUUGUUGUGAAGAGCAAAGGCGAGGAUCAUCUUUGCUCGGAUGGACCUAUGGUGAACAUUAUAGAGAGGUAGAAUGUAAAACACCAUGGCUGGUUUUGAAACGUACCAGGAGUAUCAGCGAAUAGAAGAUUAUGAGGAAGACUCCCCUCCAGGAGAGGAAGAUUUACUCAUCCAUGUGCCAGAGGGAAGAGGAGACCCAUGGCAUCAUAUCAAGAACCUCGACAAUUUCUUCACAAGAAUCUAUCAUUUCCAUCAGAAGAAUGGAUUUGCCUGUAUGGUGUUAUCAGAGUUUUUUGAACUUGUGCAAUUCCUGUUUGUAGUCACGUUUACAACUUUCCUCUUCAACUGUGUGGAAUAUGAUGUUCUCUUUGCCAACCGAGUGAUCAACCACACGGGUCAGAGUCCACUCGGUCCACUGGACAGGAACAAGGUCACCCUUCCUGAUGCGAUUUUACCCGGCGAGCAGUGCACUGAGAGGAUUCAAGGAAACAGCUGGAUCAUCUUCCUCUUGAUAAUGGCGGCCAUUUUCUGGCUCUAUCGACUCGUGAAGGUGAUCUGCAACGUCCUCAGCUACUGGGAGAUCCGACAGUUUUAUAAAAAAGCACUGAAAAUACAGAUGGAUGAGCUGUGCAACUUCACGUGGCAAGAAGUUCAAGGCCGUUUGAUUCACCUGCAGCGUGAGCAGCCCAUGUGCGUCCAGAAGCGUGAACUUUCCGAACUAGACAUCUACCACCGCAUCCUGCGCUUUAAAAACUACACGGUGGCCAUGAUCAACAAGUCCCUGCUGCCCGUCAGACUGCGUGUGCCCUUCUUCAGUGACAUGAUCUUCCUCACGCAGGGCCUAAAAUACAAUUUUGAGCUCAUUCUGUUCUGGGGCCCUCUGUCACUCUUCCAGAACAAGUGGAGUCUGCAUCCCAAAUACAAACGGGCGGCAAACCGGCAGGAGCUCGCCAAGCAGCUCAGCCGCAUCAUCCUGUUGACUGGUCUGGUCAAUCUGCUGCUGUGUCCCUUCGUGCUGGUGUGGCAGGUGCUGUACGCGUUCUUUAGCUACGCUGAAGUCAUCAAACGUGAGCCGGGAAGUUUGGGGGCCCGGCGCUGGUCUCUGUACGGCCGUCUCUACCUGCGCCACUUUAACGAGCUGGAUCACGAGCUGCAAGGACUCUCUUACAGGUCGUUUAUUCCAGAUGAACAUAUGGUGUGGUGUCCUGAACAGCUGCUUCAGUGUGUCCUGGCCCACAUUCACUACAUGCCCGACCACUGGAAGGGCAACGCCAACAAGAGCGAGACCCGCGACGAGAUGGCACAGCUUUUCCAGUAUAAAGCGGUCUUUAUAUUGGAGGAGCUUCUGAGUCCCAUAAUUACCCCCUUCAUCCUCAUCUUCCCCCUGCGGAGCAAGUCCUUAGAAAUCAUCGACUUCUUCCGCAACUUCACCGUCGAUGUGGCAGGGGUGGGAGACAUUUGCUCAUUCGCCCAGAUGGACAUCCGGCGCCAUGGAAAUCCACAGUGGAUGUCCGAAGGUCAGACCGAGGCCUCGGUGUACCAACAGGCUGAGAACGGGAAGACGGAGCUGUCUCUGAUGCAUUUCACCAUCAAAAACCCGCGCUGGCAGCCGCCGCAGGAGAGCUCCGUGUUCAUCAGCCACCUGAAGGAGAAGGUGCAUCAGGACGCUCAGACAGGACCAUCUCCUCAGCUGCUGCUGUCCGAGGCUCCUCUCUGCACCUCGCUGCUGUCCAACGAGUCUGCCACGGUUCCUGAUAACCUGUUAGCCAGUGUGCUGGCUCACCCCGUACUGACCGCCUCCGGACUGCCUGGGAGGAACCGCCGCUUCGUCCCGCCGAGCAGCACAGCUUCAGCUGCCGCUAGUGUCCUGGCGUCCCUUUCGUCGUCUCAGCAGCCUCACGCCGGCCGGUCUCACUCACACACUCUCCUGCCAUCCCGACAGAGCCAUGACAGCACCAUGUACUGCAGCGACCACACUGUGGGCGACAGCAUGUCUGCAAGUGACUCCAGGCUACUCAGCCAGUCUUAUUCGGCUCUGGCGUCAGAGUUUGCAUCAGCCGAGAUGAGCCUGCACGCUAUAUACAUGCACGAGGUGCAUCAGCAAAAGACCCAGCAUGCAUCUGGACCGUUUCAGGCCUCUGUGCCAAUGAGGGAGUUGAGCACCAACAGUGCUCAAGGUCCUCAGAUACAGUCCGCACAGACAGUCACAGACAGUCACCGCUUGGGCGGCUGGGCUGAAGAGGAAGAGGAGGAGCAGGUGGACGAGGAAGAGAUAAAUACCAGCCCUGUGCCGGAUCAGACCAGCAGAGGGAGCAGCUGAAGUGCCUUCAACCUGUACAUUUUUGUUCAUUUCUAGGAGUUGUGGCCUUCCUUUGGUUUGACACCCUUUGAUCAAGCAUGUUGGGACGCCACACCGAGCAUGUCGCUCAAGGAGCUCGUCGGAGCCGUUCGGUUCUCUGGACGCAGAGGAACUGUGACGUAACGGGCUGCCACUUCCCCUCCCUCGUCACGUCAGUUACAUUUACAUUUCAGACUGCUGUGUGUUUGUUUUGUUUAUGACACAACAGGGUGACACUUGUUUUACAGUAUUUAUUUCCAUUUCAUUUUGUUUUAUUUGGGUUCGAGCAAGUUACAUUUUCCGCGUCUCUGAUUCGAAGGCGAGUCGGGCAGUAUUUACUUUUGAAGCGCUGCCUCGGUUUGCAGGAUAAAAACAUCCUUUUAUCGUAGUAUUGCUAGUUUCAUUUUUGCAUUACAGCAUCGGCGGACAGAAAAUAUCACUGAAUGUAAAAUCAUACCAGUUGCCUCGUGGAAAAAAAAAAUUGUCUCAAAGUUAUAAAACAUGAUUUUUUUUUUUUCUUAAAGAAAAUAUAAUAUAGACUUGGGGAUAAUUUUCGCCUAAAGAAAAAUUGUAUUUAAAUUAAAAGUCAUUCGCAUUUGCAGACGUUUUGACAAAUCUUAACAAUAACCUCUUAGCCUGAGAUUAAAAAAAGGUUACAUUUAAAUGAGAAAAAAGAUUUUAGCAAUAAAACUCAUCACGCUUUACCAAAAAGUAUUUGAUGUAGAAGCAAACGCACAAAACGAAUUAAAUUUGUCAUGUCUGUCAUGACAAAUAUAUUAAAACAUCUUAGACCAUACGACGUCAUAUGACUGCAUUAAAGGAUUUUUAUUUAAAUUAUUCUAAAGCUUAUAAGAAGGAUUAACUACCAAACUUAAAAGAGUUAAUGUGGAAAACCCGAUAAACUUAUUCAAAUGAAAGCAUUUAAAAAAAAAAAAGCCAGACAUUAAUCCCAGUUCACAGCCAUUGAAAUAUUAUUUCUAGACUACUUGUUCAGCUCGUAAACCGCAGAUUAGCACAUUAUUUAACCACUUAAGAAGUUCAAAUGAAACACUUUAAGGUUAAAGUCAGUUUGAAGGUGUUAGUGUUGUUUUUGAGCUCGGUUUAGGAUUUGUGCUCUGUACCCAACCGAUAACAGUCUCUUCCAGCGUGUUGAAUUAAAUAUUACACAUCUGACAGAUGAUCUUUCAAGCCGAAUCCCAGAAUUCAUCAGUUUAAGCAGUUAAUGUCGUGUGUCCGAGUCCGUGUCAACCCAAACCUGAAGGGUAUGAGUUUGUGUGUUGCCUGCGUUAAGAGUUCAGUCAGGUUUCAAACUAGAAUCUCCCGUUGUCCAGAACAAAAUAGUUGUAACUAAUGUGCUUUCUCAAAGCGCAGGAACGUUCGUCUCUGUAAUAUAUCACUACCAUGAGAGCCUAAGGGCUUUUGACAGUUUACACAUGGUAUAUGACACUCUGGUCAGAGAUAUAGCCACAAUUCAUGUGAAACACUGAACUUCCUGUGCAUCUACUUGAAAUACUGCAGUUAGAGAGUAGCUUCAAGCGUAGUUCGUAAAGAUAACGGCAUCCAUAUCACACCCACUGAAAUACCUCCGGAUGUACCUUAAGACCGUGUAUGUACAGUAUUUAUUUGUGUGGGAUGUUAUUGAACGAACAGCAUCAGGAUGUAGUUGCAGACGUGUUGUUUGCAGUGUUCCAGGAUUGAAGGGUUUUUCCACACAAGACUGAACUGCGUAAGUGAAACACAUUGUUUUACAGCUCUGUUGUCUUAAUGUUCCGUUUAAACAGUCUGGGGUCGGACUGUGCCAGGUGCUAUAUAUAUAUAUAUAUAUAUAUAUAUGAAUAUUUAAUUUGUUUCGAUAUUUAUCGCUUUUUGUUGGAUUUUGACUUUUUUGUCUGAUCAAAAUAACACUAUCAAAAAAUAAACCAUAGCAAAACCGGGAUUUGCUUUCUUGGUCUAUCUUUGCAAGCACUAGUGCUAUUCUAGUAUUACUUGUAAACAAUUGUAGUAUUUAUUCAUGUUUUUAAUUAUUCUUUACUGCUAUAUUUUUAAUAACAGCACUGUCAGGCACAUAUGACUAUAGGACAAUAAAACACAAACAUAUAAACAGACAAAAGCAGCACUGGAUCACAUACAGAAUCAACAGACAGACAACAUGUUAAGAGAUGGUUAAAUAUAUUAUGUUUAUUAUACUGGUUCAUUUACAUGUCACAACUCUCUGUUUUAAAAUUGUGAUACCUGUACUAGAAAUCCCAUUGUAGUUUAUAUAAAACGAUACAAUAAUACAUUGUAGCUGAAGUGCAGGAAACAUGAUGGAAGAUGAUAUUUGCCUUUUACCAUAUUGCAAUGUACUGUAGUGAAGCUGAAGCACCCCAAAACGUACUUGGACACUCAAAAAUGUUACUGCAUUAGAACUAAAUAGCUUUUUUUAACUAAUUUUUCAACCAACAGGCCCCAAGGUGUUUUUUAGUUCAUCACAUUAAGAUAUGAAACCCCUUUUGUCUUCAUUUUGCAUGGUGUAUCUAUUGGUUUACCAUUUAACACCUAACAACUUCAUUUUGUGACAUGUUUCGCUUUGAACGUGUGUUUGUGCUAUAUUUCUUUAAAAUAAA